UAUCCUCAUGAAUAUUAGCCAGGUUCUUAACCGGCUGAGCCACAAUGGGAACUCCCCCCUUCCAUGUCUCUAAUUGCUUGCAUCCAUGCCCUUUUUUCUUCUAAGGAUUUCUCAUGCCAUCUGCUCCAUCAAUCCUACUCAUUCUAUUCUAAUUCCUCCAUCCUCUUUCACUCAUAUCAGGAUCAGUCAACACUUUGGUGUCUUUUUUUUCUUUUUUAGCUACUUUUUAUAUUUUAAUCACCAUCCUCCGUUUAUUCUUAUUAGCAUGAACCAGUCUACUCUUUUUUUUUCCCCUUGGCCUCUCCUGCAGCGUGCAUAAGUUCAAAGGCCAGGGUCAAACCUGUGUCACAGUAGGACCCAAGCAAUGGCAGUGACAAUGCUGGAUUCUUAACCUGCUAAACCACCAGGUAACUCUGAGACAUAUUUUAGUUUUCUGGAUCAAUUUUACCUUAAACAUGACUCCUGAUCUUGGCACAUGUGUUCUACCUGUUAUUCUGCUUGACUCUACUCGCUUCACAGCAGUUCCCUCUCCAAAGUUUACCCUUUAUUUAUUUAUUUAUUUUUUUGGUCUUUUUUUUGCCAUUUCUUUGGGCGCUCCCUCGCAUAUGGAGGUUCCCAGGCUAGGGGUUGAAUCGGAGCUGUAGCCACUGGCCUACGCCAGAGCCACAGCAACGAGGGAUCCAAGCCGCGUGUGCAACCCACACCACAGCUCACGGCAACGCCGGAUCGUUAACCCACUGAGCAAGGGCAGGGACCGAACCCGCAACCUCAUGGUUCCUAGUCGGAUUUGUUAACCACUGCGCCACAACGGGAACUCCAAAGUUUACCCUUUAGAAUAAGGAACUACUCUUCCUGAAAUGAUUUUUCCCCCUAUUUCUGGAGUCUUCUCUAAUAGGAGUUACUAGCUCCUAAGCAUUACUUCUCACGUCUGCUUACCAGUCCUCAUUCUCUGACAUGCUUUUACCUAAUUUCAACUCUAUUGGGAAAUGCUCGUGUGUCUUUUGGAGUUCAUGGGCUUUUCCUUGUCUGAAUGUCACAGAAACUGGAGUUUUCUGUUUUGUUUCCCACUUGUGACUUUUAAUUAUUUCCAAGAGGUGAAAGGGGUGGAAUUUAUAUGUAAGCUGUUGUACUGACCAUACUAAUGAAUUAUUUCCCCCUAACUGGGAGAGUCAGAGGUCAAAACCAAGACUGAGGAGGAAUUGCUAAAUGCUACAAAGAGAGAUGGAAAUUUGUGAAAGGAAACUAAAAAUGGAGCCAGUAUUGCUAACAGAGCUCUCUAAAACAGAGCUGGGUGGCCAUGGAAAAAGUAUGUCCUAUGUAUGCCUCAGCCCAGGUGUAAUCCCAACUUCCAAAAACUCAAGAUACUUAUUAGAACCUUACCCUAAAAUGACAGUGACAGGCUACCCUUACUGACAAAUAUUUCCUUUUCUACAGUUAGAGUCAAUCACAAUCCUUCUAGACAACUUUAGUAACUUUGUGGAGUUUGCCUUUAUAAACCCCUCUUUCUCUUCUGAAACACUCGGUUUUACCCAAAUCUGUUUCCGGAAUUGCAACACCUAAGAUGCUCAAUUAAACUCUUAUUUGUAGCCUUCUGCAUUUUCUUGGAAGAAAGAAAACAAGAUCCCUAAGGCAUCAGCGGGUAGAGAUCCACAGCCAUACAUGAACAGAGAUACGAUUUUAUAAAAAGACAAAUCUGAACCUACGUGUCAGACCAAUUGGUUUGCUUUUUGCUUCUUCAAAAGUCAAAUAAAACUGACGGUAGCAGAACAUACACCCUGCAGCAUCACUGUUUUCCAGAUGAAGAGAGUGGUAACUCAUCCAAUUUCAUCUAUGCCCUUAUAUACUGAGGCCAUCACCAGAGUCAAUACUGCUAUCCCCAACAAACACACUGCUGGAUGCUGCCAUCCCCCUCACCCCAUUCCAGCCUAGCCACUCUCCUUCAGUUUCCCUGGUGCACGUCGGGUCUCAGACUCCCGGCUUUCGGCUCCCCAAGCAGUACAGGUCCCACACCAUGUUAAUCCACACAGUAAGGCAAAAACGGCGAUUCAGCCAGUCCGGAAUAUUUUCAGCGUGAGCUACAACUCCUAGAAGAUCUUGGGCGCCAUUCCUUCACUGUGGGGUAAGCUCUGUGCAAAAAGCCAAGGCAAUCUUCUACUUGGACCGGGGCUUCACCCACUCUGACUCUAGCCUACAUUUCCCAAAAGCUCUUGUGGCUCUAAUCAACUUCCGGCGCGAAUCCAGUGAUCUUUUUCUGUUUCUCAGGGAACAUAUGUCUCCCCGGGAUUGGCCAGGCCCUUGCAAGAAGCUUGUUCCAGGGUGUGGGCACUGUAUCUCGAUUUCCAGGCUCCAGGAAGCGAUUCCGAGAGGGGAAAAGGGGUGUGGCCUGGCCCGGGCUGUGCGAUGGCGGAUAAUUUGAGGGCCGGGAGCCAUCUUGUCCGAGCGUAUCUGUCCGGACUACAUUUCCCAGAGGCCCCGAGGCGGCAUAGGGCCGCCUCUUCACUCGCCUGCAGGACCCUCGGCCUCCGGGGAAGGGGAAGGGCAAGCUCUGCUUUUCUCAGAGAGGUCCCCAGAGGAAGAAGGAGGAAUGGCUGUAGACCAAGCCAAAUACAAGGGGUCAGUGAUGUUCAGCGAUGUGUCUGUAGACUUCUCUCAAGAGGAGUGGGAAUUCCUGGACCCUGCCCAGAGGGACCUGUACAAGGACGUGAUGUUGGAGAAUUACAGCAAUCUGGUGUCAAUGGGACUUUGCAUGCCUAAGCCGCAAGUGAUCUCCUUAUUGGAACAAGGGAAAGAGCCCUGGAUGGUUGGCAGAGAGCUGACAAAAGGCCUGUGUUCAGAUCUGGAAUCAAUGUGUGAAACCAAGUUGUUAUCGCUAAAGAAGGAAGUUUAUGAAAUAGAAUCAUGCCAGAGGGAAAUAAUGGGACUUACCAAGCAUGGCCUUGAAUGCUCCACUUUUAGAGAUGUUUUGGAAUAUAGAAGCCACUUUGAAGGACAACUGGGAUAUCAAAAUGGGCAUUUCGGCCAAGAAAUAUUCACUCAUGAAUACAUGCCCACAUUUCUUCAACAGACAUUCUUUACUCUACAUCAAAUAAUUAACAAUGAAGAGAAACCCUAUGAAUGUAAGAAAUGUGGAAAGGUCUUUAGUCAGAAUUCACAAUUUCUCCAACAUCAGAGAAUUCAUAUUGGUGAAAAAUCUUAUGAAUGUAAGGAGUGUGGGAAAUUCUUUAGUUGUGGCUCACAUGUUACUCGGCAUCUGAAAAUUCAUACUGGUGAAAAGCCCUUUGAAUGCAAAGAAUGUGGAAAGGCAUUCAGUUGCAGCUCAUACCUUUCUCAACAUCAGAGAAUUCAUACUGGUAAGAAACCCUAUGAAUGUAAGGAAUGUGGGAAGGCCUUUAGUUAUUGCUCAAAUCUUAUUGACCAUCAGAGAAUUCACACUGGUGAAAAACCCUACGAAUGUAAAGUAUGUGGGAAAGCUUUUACUAAAAGCUCACAGCUUUUUCAACAUGUGAGAAUUCAUACGGGUGAGAAACCCUAUGAAUGUAAGGAAUGUGGCAAAGCUUUUACGCAGAGCUCAAAGCUUGUUCAGCAUCAGAGAAUUCAUACAGGUGAGAAACCCUAUGAGUGCAAAGAAUGUGGCAAAGCAUUUAGUAGUGGUUCAGCACUUACUAAUCAUCAGAGAAUCCACACUGGGGAGAAACCCUAUGAUUGUAAGGAAUGUGGGAAGGCUUUUACUCAAAGCUCACAACUUCGUCAACAUCAGAGAAUUCAUGCUGGUGAGAAACCUUUUGAAUGUCUUGAAUGUGGAAAGGCCUUUACUCAGAACUCACAACUUUUUCAGCAUCAGAGAAUUCAUACAGAUGAAAAACCAUAUGAAUGUAACGAAUGUGGAAAGGCCUUUAAUAAAUGCUCAAACCUUACUCGACAUCUCAGAAUUCAUACUGGCGAAAAGCCCUAUAACUGUAAAGAAUGUGGAAAGGCAUUUAGUAGUGGCUCAGAUCUCAUUCGUCAUCAGGGAAUUCAUACAGGAGAAAAGCCCUACCGGUGUGCGGAGUGUUGCCGAGUCUUCGACUCAGGAUCUGCUCUGAGGAGGCACAGGAAGGACCACAUGGGAAAGAAACCUCACACGUGUGAGGAAUGUGGGAGAGACUUCAGCCGUAGCUCCAACCUGUCCAUCCAUCGGCGAGUUCACACGGGCGAGAAGCCCUACAGAUGUGGUGUGUGCGGGAAGGACUUCAGCCGGAGCUCCAACCUCUGUAUCCACCAGCGCGUCCACACAGGUGAGAAACCCUUCAGGUGCUGUGACUGUGGCAAGGACUUCAGCCGCAGGGCAGCCCUGCAGAUCCACCAGAGUGUCCACACAGGCAGGAAGCCCCAUGCCUGUGAGGUCUGUGACCGGAGCUUCACCUCACGCUCUGCACUGACACGGCACAAACAGGACCAUGCAGGAGACAAGGCCUAUGUGUGUGACACAUGUGGCCGGGGCUUCAGCCAGAGAGCCAACCUCUACCUGCACCAGCGGGUUCACACUGGGGAGAGGCCAUUCCGGUGUGAGGCCUGUGGGAAGUGCUUCAGCUGGAGCAAGGACCUGGGUAUCCACCAGAGGGUCCACACAGGAGAGCGGCCCUACAGGUGUGCAGCUUGUGGGAGGGACUUCAGGCACCGCUCGGCCCUCAAGCGGCACCAGAGGGUGCACACAGGGGAGAAGCCCUACCCCUGUGCCGUGUGUGGGAAGGGCUUCCGUCAGAGAGUCCACCUACAGAUGCAUCAGAAGGUGCACUGUAGGGAGAGGCUUCCAGGAUUGGGCUCUGCACAUGCAGGUACUUUCCACAGCCAGGGUGAAUGCCAGAGUGUGGGUGCUGAGGUGCACAGCAUGGAUCAAGCUUAAUGAUACAUGGCAUUUGUUAGUGUUGAUACAGAAAAGGGGACAGAUCAGAAGUGUACAGGUUGACAAUUUUUCACGAAGCGAACAUACCUAUGUCUAGCACUUAGAUGGAGAUAUAGAGCAUUUCCAGCCCUCCCAAAAGACCUCUGCAUGUCUGCCCCUGCAGGCUGGCCAAAAACCCCCAAAAAACAUAGACUGAUUUUGUAAAUUUUAGAGUAUCAAGUGGAAUUAUACAAUAUGUAAUCUUUCAUGUAGGAAUUUUUUUUUGUCUUUUUAGGGUUGCACCCUUGGCAUAUGGAAGUUACCAGGCUAGGGGUCCAUUCGAAGCUGUAGCCACUCCACAGCCACAGCAACAUGGGAUUUGAUGGAUACUAGUUGGGUUCAUUAACCGCUGAGCCACAACGGGAAUCCUCAUAUAGGAAUUUAUUCACUCAGUGUCUGCAUCCGUGUUGUUGCUUGUAUUCAGAAGUUCAUUCAUUUUAUUGUUUAGUGGUAUUCCAUUGUAUGACAAACCACAGUUUGUCCAUUCACCUGUUGAUGGACAUUUACAUUUGGGUUAUUUCCAGGUUUUCCAGAUUUGGUCAUUUUGAAUAAAGCUGUUGAAAAUUUGGGGUA